AUGGGGGCAAGCGGCGACCCGAACCAAGACGUGUCGGACGAGCAGCAUCGCCGCUCCGAGAUCUACACCUACGAAGCCCCAUGGCACAUCUACGCCAUGAACUGGAGCGUGCGCAAGGACAAGAACGAGUUCUCCGGGCCGCUCACCUCCUUCGACUGGAACGAGGCCGAGCCGCGGAGGAUCGGCACCUCCAGCAUCGACACCACCUGCACCAUCUGGGAUAUCGAGAAGGAAGUGGUGGACACGCAGCUGAUCGCUCACGAUAAGGAGGUUUACGACAUAGCCUGGGGAGGUGUGGGGGUUUUCGCCUCCGUCUCAGCCGAUGGCUCGGUUAGGGUUUUCGAUUUGCGGGAUAAGGAGCACUCGACCAUCAUCUAUGAAAGCUCCGAGCCCGACACACCAUUAGUGAGGCUCGGCUGGAAUAAGCAAGACCCGAGGUACAUGGCCACCAUCAUAAUGGACAGCAGCAAGAUUGUGGUGCUCGAUAUACGUUUCCCAACGCUGCCCGUGGUGGAGCUGCAGAGGCACCAGUCGAGCGUGAACGCGAUUGCGUGGGCCCCACAUAGCUCGUGCCAUAUUUGCACUGCAGGAGAUGAUUCGCAGGCCCUGAUAUGGGACCUCUCGUCUAUGACCCAGCCCGUAGAGGGUGGGCUUGACCCAAUUCUGGCAUACACGGCAGGAGCAGAGAUCGAGCAGCUGCAAUGGUCAUCUUCGCAGCCUGAUUGGGUGGCGAUUGCUUUCUCGAACAAGCUGCAGAUUCUGAGGGUAUGA